AUGGUAAACCUUGCCCAUACCUUCAUAGAUGAAAACACUAUCCGCCGAGUUCAUCAGUUGUUCUUCUAAUAUCGGGUUCUUUAAUUAAUUUCAAUUUAGUUUUAUUAGAAUGUUGGUCAGCAAAAUCCGUACUGAAGAAAGAACGCGGCGAGCUGAAAAAACUCAAGAUCUUUUUACAUGUACUUCUGUGGUCACAGAUAUUGAUGUGUAUACUUGUUGCAGUCCUAUGCGUGUUUGGCAAGGACUUUAUAAUAUUCAACAUGGAAGCAUACAUGGCAACAGCCAUCGAGGAAGGAGACCCUAAAGCGACAGCUAGCAUUGAAUCAUAUCAGGUGUUCUUCGGCUGUUGCGGAGCUCAUAACAUUUCCGACUGGAGUUCUCAGUCUGUCCCGGUCUCAUGCUGUAUAAUACCACUGAACAACUGCUCGAAUGCUUACAACACUACAGCGCCAAGGCCUACCGAAUCUACAGCGGGGUUUAGCACUGAUACAUUUACUGAUUUAGACCAAUCAACGGAGUUAAGCGGUUUGCAGGACAUUUCUGCUUUGAUCACAGAACAAGAAAUAAUCGUUACGACACAAGACACUGUCCUGGUAAACGUAGCUGUCUAUACGCAGGGCUGUAACGAAGUCGUGACAUUAUAUUCGCAUACCACAACUGCCGUAUGUAUUCUGCAUCUAACACUGGUUUUCUCGUUAUAUUUUGGUUGGGCAAUUCGAUUAAAGAUGAACUACAAACCGCACAGGAAAAGUCAAAUUAUUAAAGUAGUUCCAGUCAUGGCUGACAACUCGUUUUCAAGUCGCACAUCCCUUGUUCGGGACACACGCAGCGAAAUGCUGCUGUUGAACUCAAUGGGAAGUUUACAGAAUAGAACACGUCGACCAAAUACAACCAGCCAUGAAAAAAUUAGAACAGUAGAGCAGCCAAGCAGCAGAAUAUUUUCGUUGUCGGAAACCAAAGUCAACGCAGUUCACAAAGCUGAAUCAAAAUGCAGUAUACCACAGUUUCAAGAUUGGAACGAGGUCCGCAAAAGCGUGGACGGGACGAACCAACGCUGGGCGGAUAUCUCUAGAACUCUGGUGAAGGCUUCUAGUAGUUUCGGAAGCGAUGAAAACGAUACUACAUCACUUGUUAGCAUUCAAAGCAUAGAAUGGUAAUUGUACAAUGCGAGAUACGGUUGUUUACAAUGGGAAGCAUGGUAUUUUAUUCCUAUGGUUUAGUACUAAAUAAAGAAUUUGUCCUGGGAAUGUCGUACAAGAUGGUCCUAUACCAUAUAUUGCUGGGGAUGUAAAAAUACUCAAAAACUAAGUGAGCAUGGUACAGUGUAGCUUGGAUUAGGAAUUACGGUUAACGCCGGCAGCUUCACAGUUGGAAUGUGUAAAAGAAUAUACGCGUAUAGAAAACAUGAUUGUAGUAAUACGUCUCUAGUAUAAGACCUCUUCUUGGUUAACGUGCGUUUUCGAUCCAUUAAAAACAUACAUCUCUUGGA